AUUGAUUAGUGCGUACGAAUUGUUUAGUGUUUACGAAGUUACGAUAGAGUUUAGAGAUUAGAGACGUUUUGACUUUUCUACGCGUUAUUUAAAGACGCUAAUUUGUGUUUUGUUGUCAGUGUGUAUCAUUGUAAAGAUGCCUCACAAAUGUGCAUUUGGAUGUAAGGCCACAGAUGUGGUGAUGCAUGUCUUUCCGAAUCCUGAAAAAUAUUCUGAACGUUUUAGAGUUUGGGUGAAUCUUGUUGGUAAAAAUUUAGCAAUGUUAUCCGAUAAGAAGAUUUAUAAAUUAAAGAGGAUUUGUGAUAUCCACUUCGCUAAAGAACAUAGAAAUCGAUAUAAACGUCUCAAUGUACUGGCAGUACCAUCUCUUCAUUUGCCAAGUACAUCCAGAAUGCAGCUGUCUGAAACAGCAACUCAUACCCAACCUUCCACUUCAGUUCCCAUUACUCCAGGAAUACCUGAAAUUAUAGAGUUGGACAGUGAUGACACACUUCCUGAAGCUCCCCUACCUUCGACUUCUGCAUCAGGAGCAAGUCAUUCCACUUCUGCGCAUGCAGAAGUUCUGGUAGACCAUAACUACAGUGCAAUAAGUAGACCCAGACCAAAAAAAACUUAUAAAGGUGCUUCUAGAACAAAAUUCUUCAGGAACGAUUCAAUAAGACAACUCCAGAUAAAGAUCAAAAGCCUUGAAAACGAAGUACAACGUUUACGCAAAAAGACCCACUUAUUCAAAGAACGACUGGGUAAAGCUAAAAGAUUUCUGAAUAGAAAACAAUGCAUUUAAACAGAUAUUUGAAAAUAUGAUUAACACACUAAAUUGUUCAUAAAUAUACUACAACAAACAAAAAAUAACUGUAAAGGAAGACAAUACACAAUCAAGGAGAAGAUAAUAUUGAGUCUAAAAUUGUCCAAAAAGAGCCCUAAAGCUUAUAUAAAUACCUUCCAGUAAAGCAGUGAAAGAGUUACUGGGUCAGAUAAAGAUAACCGCUGGAUUAUUAUAAUUAUUUAAAGAAUAAAAGUGUGAGCACUAAAUGAAUUACAGACAGGAUAAGUACUCUUUUUUCUGACGAAAUGUUAAUAAAUUCACAAAAUUUUUAUACGGCUUAUAAAGAACAAUUAGAAGGUUACUAAAAAACGAAAUGUAAAUGUAGGUAGGUACAAGUUUUUAUGGUGAAAGGCGUCAUUGCAUAUUUUUUGUUGUUGCCUUAUCGGCGCCAUUUGGUAAUAGCCCACUUGUUUUCUUUUCAUUACGACAUAUAUGAUAAAUCUUUUGUAUUUAGUUUAUUUCUAAUACCUUUCUUAAGAUGAGGAAAAUGUAAAAUAAAGGGGAUAUGUUCCGUUUAUUUGUAAAUAUAUUGCACAUAAUAAUAUUCAUUUACAAUUUCGGUUAUGGCACCAACAUUUUCUGGGCUCUGGUCACACAUAGUGUUUGACACUAUGAGAUUGUGUUUUAAACACUGUUCAAGGACCAUCUUAAAAAUAUUUUUAAUCCAAUUUGGUAAGGGCUUUGGAAAAAAAAAUAUGGAAUCAACUGCCUCAAAUUAUUUUGCCGGCUUUCGUCAUAAAAAGUAGUACAUACAUACUCUGCAAAUGUAUUUGUUGUCAAACAAUGAACCGGUCUUGUCUUUAAAAUAAGAUUAUACUAAUUGCGAUGACGGAACUUAAUAAGUAUCUAGCCCCUAAUAAGUAAGAAAAGCACAAAAAUUAUUAAAAUAAAAAUAUAUUGUAAGUA